UUAGGAGGCUCCUUCCUGCUUGGUGUUGGUGUGUGGGUACUGGUGGACCCUAUGGGCUUCAGGGAGAUCGUAGCAGCCAACCCUCUGCUCUUCACUGGGGUUUACAUCAUCCUGGCCAUGGGAGCAAUGCUCUUCCUCCUCGGCUUCCUGGGCUGCUGCGGAGCCAUCCGGGAGAACAAGUGUCUACUGCUCUUUUUCUUCCUGCUCAUCCUGGUCAUCUUCCUGGCAGAGUUAGCAGCAGCCAUCUUGGCCUUCGUAUUCCGGGAGCAUCUCACCAGAGAGAAGUUUACCAGAGAUCUGAGGAGACACUACCAGGGACACAACAACACGGACGUCUUCACCUCCACGUGGAACGCCCUCAUGACCACCUUUGACUGCUGUGGGGUGAACAGCCCGGAUGACUUUGAGGAGAGCCUGUUCAGGCUCCUCAGCCCAGACAAGAUGGUUCCUGGGGUGUGUUGCCAGGGCAACGGUCACCCUGGAGAUGCGGUGGAUGACCUCAGCAGGGACGAGUGUCUGAGGGGAAGCAUGGAGCUCCGCUACAAUAAGGGUUGUUACUCAGCAGUGGUGGAUUAUUUUGAGACUUAUAUCUACAUGGCAGGAGCUCUGGCCAUUGUUGUCCUGACGAUUGAACUGUUUGCCAUGGUGUUUGCCAUGUGUCUGUUCAGAGGAAUCGACCAGUAACCCCGACAACACACACAACCCCAGGAAGACACUCAACAGAGGGACACAGACUGACGAAGGAGAAGAGAGC